UGGCUGUGCACUAGACUGCAUUACAAACAGACGAUACCAUCGCUUCAACAGCAUCCUUUCAGACAAGAGCCACUAUUUCCUGCUUCAGAGCAUCUGUCAUGCAAGUUUAAAGGAGCAGAAAUAAGAGACAGAAAUACACUGAACCAAAAGAUUCAGAAGAGCAAUAUAAGAAGUGGAAUCCCUAAGAAUGGCUUCCAGCUACUGGAAUGAAACCACUACCUCUGUUUACCAGUACCUUGGUUUUCAAGUUCAAAAAAUUUACCCUUUCCAUGAUAAUUGGAACACUGCCUGCUUUGUCAUCCUGCUUGUAUUUAUAUUUACAGUGGUGUCCUUAGUGGUUCUGGCUUUCCUUUAUGAAGUACUUGACUGCUGCUGCUGUGUAAAAAACAAAACCGUGAAAGAUUUAAAAAAUGAACCGAACCCUCUUAGAAGUAUGAUGGACAACAUCAGAAAACGUGAAACUGAAGUGGUCUAGCCUUCUACAGAAGAUGAACAAAAUCUUUUGAGAGUGGUUCGACCUCAUCUGAGAAAAAAAAAAAUCUGACACCAACUGUCAUUACAAAACUGAUUCUGGCAAUGAAUAGUUAAAAGAUUUCUAGUAAAAGAGAAAAACAAGUAUGCACUGUUUGUGUGUGUAUCCCUUUCAUUAAAUAUACAGUAAAACUUCA